AUGGUUCACCCUAAGAGUCUACAUUAUUUGCGGAAACCACGAAUUACCUCGAUAAGCCCGUCGGAUGAAGGCAGGAGCUGGACACCUACCGUCCGCCAGCAGUCACCCCCCCUGCUGGAUAGAUCAACCCUACAACUUCCCAAAGGUCUGACUGUGUUGCAGACUGUAUUUAUCGAUGGGCCACAGUUGGGUGUCUUCUGCACAGAAACCAUUCUUAAGGGUAUUCGGUUUGGUCCUUUCCAAGGCAAAGUGGUCAACACUAGCGAGAUUAAAACUUAUGAUGACAAUUCUUUGAUGUGGGAGAUUUUUGAAGAUGGUCAAUUGAGUCAUUUCAUUGACGGCAGAGGUUCUUCUGGAAACUGGAUGUCAUUCGUGAACUGUGCCCGCUUCCCAGAGGAGCAAAACCUGACAGCCCUUCAGUGCCAAGGCCAGAUCUAUUAUGAGAGUUGCAAAGAAAUUACACCUGGCCAAGAACUUCUGGUCUGGUAUGGUGAUUGUUACUCACAGUUUCUUGGCAUCCCUAUCAGCCUCAAAGGAACAGCAGAAGAAAAGCGAACCCCAAAACAUACUGAAGAAUCUGUGGAGGGUUAUGAAUGCGGGCGGUGUGAAAAAGUCUUUGCCUACAGAUACUACCGGGACAAACAUCUGAAAUACACACGGUGUGUUGACCAAGGGAACAGAAAAUUCCCAUGCCAUCUUUGCAACCGAUCUUUUGAAAAGCGGGACCGUCUGAGGAUCCACAUUCUCCAUGUUCAUGAGAAGCACAGACCUCAUAAAUGCUCUGUGUGUGGUAAAAGUUUCUCUCAGUCCUCUAGUCUAAACAAGCACACGAGGGUGCAUUCUGGAGAACGACCAUAUAAGUGUGUAUACUGCAACAAGGCCUUCACUGCAUCCAGCAUCCUGCGUACUCACAUUCGCCAACAUUCAGGAGAGAAGCUCAAGUGUAAGCACUGCGGUAAAGUGUUUGCUUCACACGCUGCCCAUGACAGUCAUGUGAGACGCACACACAAUUCUAAAGACAAAGGCUCUAAAUGUACGCUGUGUGAUAAAAUAUUUCUAGAGGCAGAAGAAUUUCGCUUCCAUAUGAAAUUCCACAAAACCCUUUAG